AUGAUUAUAGAUUAUAUUGCUGCAGGAAUAAUAAUGGGCAGCGAUGGUGUCCACACGGACAACAACCGUGUUGUUGUCGGCCUUCUCAACUACUUGCUUUUUCAUGAUUUCCGCUAUUCUACCUAUGUUCUUCAUUCGAAUGCAGAGGGCCAAUACACUGAUGUUUACGCAGUUGCACAAAUGCCAUACUCGAACGAUAUUUGGCGCCAGCUUACGCAAUCAAAACUGCUGGGAAGAACGAGACGACAGUAUCAGGCUACAGGCUACGAAGCCUCCGGUCCUCCAGCUCCAAGCGGAUCAUGUUGCAGUUGUCAACAAGGGCCUCCUGGACCACCUGGACCCAGGGGAUACGAUGGCAGACCAGGUAAGGACGGCCCAAUCGGCAGUGACGGUCGCAAUGGACAUGACGGUCGUUACGUAAAAUCCGAGGUCAGCGCCGAACCACCAUGUCAAAAAGUCCAUCAUCACUAUACGAUAGGUAAGGACGGCCCAAUCGGCAGUGAUGGUCGCCAUGGACAUGACGGUCGUUACGUAAAAUCCGAGGUCAGCGCCGAACCACCAUGUCAAAAGUGCCCUCCAGCACCACCAGGUCCACCUGGUCAUCCUGGACAUAAGGGACCACGAGGACAUGCUGGAACACCAGGUAAGAAUGGAACCCCGGGAACACCAGGUCGAGCAGGACCACGUGGUCCAUCUGGUGUUCGUGGAGAACCGGGUGAGCGUGGCAUGCAAGGACCACCUGGUGAUUCUGGAAAAGUGCUGAAUGGAGCACCACAAGGGCCACCAGGAAAAUCUGGACCAGCAGGACCACGAGGAAAGCCAGGAACAGCAGGACCGUAA